AGCAGCAGUCUUUAAUGAACCAUUGCACCAUGAACUACUCCACGUUGAAUCGCAUAUUUUUGGUUGCACCUAUCUUCCUGCUUUUCCUCAUGGAUAUCUGUGAGUCCAAGGCGUGGUGGCCAUCAAAAGAAGCCAAAGACUAUUCCAGUUUGGAUCCUGUGGUCUGGUCGAGAUCUUUCGCCCCCGAGCAUGUGAGAAAAACACGAUAUAAUGUCAUCUCGGAACCUAUGAGGAAACAUCGCCACCGACAAUCAUCGAAACUUUGGUACCAAAAGCCUGUUUAUCCCGAAAACUUUGUCAGUGCAAAAUACUACAAGAAAUUCCUAAGGAGACGACAGAAACUGGCGGCACGUGAGAUGUACGCACACUGGAGGCAAUAGCCCCAUAUCAGUCAUAACCAUUAGGUGCUAAGCAAAUCUUUAUAUCUAGUAAUUAGCAUAAAAAACAAAAGACCUAAAGCACAAACGAGCUGGCUUUUUAUUUUUAGCUGGCAAAGUCGCGCGUCAGCCAGAAAAUCCUGACUCGCUUCGAUUAGCAGGAGUUCUAAACUAGUUCGAGGAGGAGUAAAACCAAAUCUGGUCCAAAACAAACACAGACUAAGGUCAACGCGAUUACGUUUCAAGACCAGCAACCUGGUAAUCGCAUUGGCAAACAUGAUGUAACUAUCGUUAGGUCCAAGCUAAAGACCUGAGCAAACCCAACCAUUUGCACACACUCACUCGCUGAAAGACGAAAAACUCACCGAAAACCCAGCCCAAAAGUCCAACAAAAUUUUGGAUGAAUGAAAGUACGAGUAUAUUUGGCCAAGAUCGUUGCUGGGCCCACACUUUGUUGACACUGCAAAUUAGCAACUCUUCGCACGAGCCCAAGACCCAGACCAGAAGUAUAUAAACCUAGUUGUCAUGGCACUUGGUAUUAAGUACCAAUCCAGC